AUGAUCAAAAGAAUUCAAAAGAAGAGGGACCCAAAUUUAUUAUUUAGUAUUUCUCGGAACCUACAUGCCCAUACUUUAAAUGAUUGUGAUUUAAUUCUCAAAUCAUUCUACAAAACACCUGUUUCCAAUAAGGUUGCAGCAGCCCUUUUCCCGAGAGUGCAUCUCGUUGAGGAUGGUAAUCGCAAACUCUUUUACGAAAGAGUAAUACAGAAUUAUAAUUUCAACACCCAAACUUUGGUUGAACUUUUUAGAUCUUAUUUGGUCAGAGAAAAUGGUCAAGAUCCCAAAAUAUUAAGCUCACUAUUUGAGACUAUUCUUGCAAAGUCGUUUUCAAAGGACAAAAUAUUAUCGAGAGCUAAUGGAUCAGACAAUCUGCUUUCCGAUUUUCAGGCACUUUUAAAGUACUCCACAAGGCAAGAGAAGGCCAGAUUUCAUAAUAGAAUUAGAGCAAUUGCUCAAUCUAUUUCCCUUCUCCAACCUGAAGAUGUCGCUGAUGUCUUUAACAUGCUUCAAACUUGUAUCAGAAGUCAACAAUUCAUUGUUUGUAAAGCUAAACAUGGUCGAAAGUAUAUUUUGAAUUGUUUAGUUUACGACACAUUAAGGUUUAUUGAUAGAAAGAAAGGAGGUACCAAAUCAAUAGAAGAAAUUAAGAAGAUCACUAAGGGGUUGAGAUUCCAGUCACAACUUUGUGAGGAUUAUGCUUAUAAGAUAAUUUCUCGUGAAAACCCUUUAGAGGCGAUAAAAACGUUUUCGGAAUCGAAACGAUGUGACAAGCCGAAAGUUUUACCUCGUAGUUUGUUACGGUUCAUUGCAUCUGGGCUUUUGGAGUCACCACGUCUUUCAAGGAAGCAAAAGUUAUUAUAUUUUGAAGAGUUCAAGAGGACUGUAGAAUCUAAGGGCCAGUCAUUUCCACUUAGUCCUUUUUUGACAACUCAGGUUGCACAAUUAGUUCUUUGCAUAUCCAAAGAAGAAAGUUUAGGAUCGCUUGCAGAUACAACUAGAGAAUUGAAGACAUUAGCUAGAGAUUAUGGCAUACCCUACAGGGUACAAAAAGGCCUUACAAAAGGCCAAUAG